CGUAAACUAAAAUACAGUUUUAUUUUUUAAGAUAUAUUUUUUAUACGAAAAUAGUAUUUACGGUAAUAUUUUUAUACCAGAAAAGUAUUUAACAAAAUUGUGUUAUAUUUAUAUAAAUUGUGUUAAAAUCAGUAAAAUUUAAUAAUAAAUAUGAGAAGUAUUACCGUAAAAGCGCCGGUGAAUAUAGCGGUCAUUAAGUACUGGGGAAAACGGGACGAGAAUCUCAUAAUACCACUGAACGACUCCAUAAGCGGCACCCUUUCCAUCGACGACAUGUGCGCCCACACAUCGGUGGCCAGUAGUCCUCAGUUCACGAGCGACAGGAUGUGGUUGAACGGCGAGGAAGUGGACAUAUCGGCCAACAAACGACUCGUCAAUUGUCUCAAACAGAUCCGAAGUGAGUCGACCCACGACUGGACCCACCAUUCCCUUCACAUCUGUUCGCGCAAUAACUUCCCGACGGCGGCAGGUCUGGCCUCAUCAGCGGCCGGUUACGCGUGCCUUAUGUACUCAUUGGCCACACUAUACGGCAUCGAAUCGCCCGAACGAAUCUCAUCCCUGGCCCGUAUCGGCUCCGGCAGCGCCUGUCGCUCAGUGUACGGCGGUUUCGUGCAGUGGCUUAAGGGGACAGACAGUCAGACAUCCGUCGCCCGACAGAUAGUGGACGAGACGUAUUGGCCGGAAAUGCGAGUCCUGGUGCUGGUGGUGAGGGACACCCAAAAGGACACCAGUAGUACCGCUGGUAUGCAACUCACUGUGGCUACCAGUGCUCUCAUGAAGCACAGGGUGGAAGUGGUGGUACCGGCGCGGGUCGAGGCUAUGGUAAAGGCUAUUAAGGACAGGGAUUUCCACUCAUUCGCUGAGAUAACUAUGAAGGAUAGCAACGGCUUUCACGCCGUCUGUGAGGACACAUACCCGCCCCUGCAGUACAUGAACGACACCUCCCGUUCCGUACGCCGAUUCUGUCAUCAGUACAACGAGUAUUACGGCGCCAAUCGCGUCGCCUAUACCUUCGACGCCGGCCCUAACGCCUGCCUGUAUCUGCUGGACAGGGAUGUGGCACCUGUAGUGAAGCUGUUGCUGAGAUACCAGACGGGUCUGGAGGUGAAGGGACAGGCGGUUGACGUAAAUGGCGUGGAGUUGGAGUCGGGAUUGACCGCACGUUUCGACGAUAAGCCGUGUAUUGGAAGCGAUUCCUUGCGCUAUAUUAUCAGCACUCGUGUCGGCUCCGGGCCACAGGUGCUGACCGAUGAGCACCAGUGCCUACUGGACGGACAGGGGUUACCUAAAUAG